AUGCUGGCCCGCGCAUUGGUGCUAUGGGCUUCCUGGCCUUGGUGGCCUUUGGCAGCGCUUGGCGCUCCGAGCCGAGAUGAGUUCAGGCCUUGGGUGCCUGAUGAGCCGCGGCCAAAGGCCUUCUCCUCGCACCCACCCAUGGGCUGGAGCUCCUGGUAUGCCUUCGGCGCGGAUGUGGAUCAGCUGCGAAUGGAGCGCACCUUUGCCAAGCUCCUGAACCGGAGUGUACAUGCCGGCUCGGCGAGAAGCCUGUGGGAUGCCGGCUAUCGAUUUGCGAACAUCGACGAUGGUUGGCAAGCAUGCCAUGCCGGUAUCGACGGGUCCUUCCACUCCGCAGAAGGGAAGCCGCUGGUCAACCGGAGCAAGUUUCCGGAUCUCCGCGCUAUGACUUCGAGGGCGAGGGCCAUGGGUUUGAGGCCCGGGUUCUACAUGAACAACUACAUCUGUGCAGAGGGCUCUCCUCGCGGUGGCAUUGGAGGUGAGAUGUAUAUGCGGAAUAUGAGAGGCUCUGUCGAGUUCCUGCAUGAGUACGGGUUCGAAUACGUGAAGAUCGAUAGCGGCAGCGUUUACAACGAUCUUGAACUCUGGAGCGACUUGCUGGGGGCCGCGGGAUCGCCCAUCGCGAUCGAAAACUGUCAUCAAGGUAGCAUGGAGCCAAAUGCGACGUGGUGUCCCUAUGACCUCUUCCGCACUGCUGGUGACCUUCAUAGUGUGGGCUUGGAUGUCGAACUGCUCGCCACAGCCUUGGUCCUAAACCGGUCGAGGGUGGGCUGUUGGGCGUACCCUGACACCUUGGAUGCCGGAGCUCCUCCCGCGAUGAGGAGUCAGUUCGGAGCCUAUGCGAUCAUGUCUGCGCCUCUCAUCCUCAGCUUCGACCUGCUGGAUGACCAGAAGCUCGACCAGGUCUGGGACAUUAUCACCAAUGAGGAGGUGAUCAAGGUGAACCAGAACUGGGCUGGCUCUCCCGGGCGAUUGCUACGGCGGUGGUCCCCACAUCCGAGCUCGGAGCCCCUGUUUGCUUGGGCGCAGCCCUGCGGAGCAUCGGAGAAUGCCAGCGGCUGGGCCUACGACGCCGAUCGGCACGAAGUGACCUGGCGAGGCAGCUGUUUGUCCUGGGCCGAUGGUGCUUCCCUUCGCCCCUGCCAGGGAAGUCCAACUCAGAGGUGGCUUCUGCGAGACGGGCGUCUCUGGCAACUGCAGCCCAAGCCUCUUUCGGAGAUCUUUGAAACGGCAUCUUUCCAGGAAUUGGAGGAGGGCGUUUUGCGACUCUCGCGCUGCAACGCUUCGGUGCCCAGCCAGCGCUGGAAGCGAAGCGGCCGAUGCGAAAGGCUCUGCAACGUACAGAACGACCUGCGCUUCCGGGAAGGCGGCUGUUGGGAGAUCACCGGCUGCAGCACCGCAGAGGAAGCCGAGGUGGGCGUGAACUUUGGGUGCAAGGCUCUCCCCAAGACCGGUGCCGGCGGCUGUGCAGCCAACGGGGCAUGGCGCUUUCAGGGCUCGGAGAUCCGUGCGGUCAUGGAUGGCAAGUGCCUGCAAGUGGACUUGCACGACGGGCGGUCUGUCAACGUGGGAAGCUGCAAUGGACAGCCUCAUCAGCAGUGGGAGGUUGACGGGCAAUUGAUCCGGUCCCUCCUGCAGCCGGGCGAAUGCAUCGACAGCGGCAUCCCCGCCCCACCUCCCGAGACCACGGGGCGCUGCCUGUCGGUGCAGGUCUUGAGUCUUCCGGCUGAGACAGAGGUCGGACCUGCGUUGGGGCUCUAUGAUGGUGAUGUGUGCGGCGUGAGUCAGCCACCGGCGCAUCCAGUCCGAUUCGCGGAUGAGCACAUGUUUGCAGGAGACCUCUGUGUCCGGGCUUUGCGGGGCCUUCCCACAGCCUUUGGACCUCUGCAGCUUUGGGCCAAGCCUCAACCAGAAGGUGUGGCCGUGCUGCUUCUGAACCGAGGCUCAGAAGCACCGAUGCUGUCGGCCCAUGUCGGGCUGUCAGAGUUGGGGCUGGCGCCGUCCCGGAAGUAUCGCGUGCGCGACCUCUGGGCCAGGAGGGACUUGCCGCCAGUGUCUGGCAACGUAGCUAUGGUUGCAGCCAGCGGAGACAGCCAGUUGCUACACCUUUCUCCGCUGGCCUCGGGCGAAGAGAUGCUGGUUUGA